AUGUCGCCAAACACAGUCUUCGAGAACCUGGACAGCGUGGACAGAUUAAAGAAUGCGGAAGGCUACCCGCUGUGGAAAUUCCAAGUAGGUAUAAUACUAAAAGCCAGUGACCUUUACGGCAAUGUAAUAACACUGCCUGCGGUCGAAUUGCAAACCGAGCAGUGGAAGAAGAACGACGCAAAGGCGCAAAAAGUGAUAGUCACGACGGUGGACAAGCAAUCGCUGAUACACAUUAUGAGUUGCGAGUCGAGCCACGAUAUGUGGGAAAAAUUAAAGAGUAUAUACGAGAGAGACUCGGAGCAGAACAAAUACGUGUUGAUGCAAAAAUUCUUUGAGACAAAGAAACCGAAACCCACCGACAUGGCCACACACGUUGCCGAGUUGAAAAACAUAGUUUUUAGACUGAAGGCGCUGGGAGUGAAUAUAACGGACGAGAUGUUGAUUUCUAAAAUAUUAACUACGCUGCCCGAGAAGUAUAAAUUUUUUGCAAGUGCGUGGGAAUCCGUCAGUAAGCAGGAAAGGACGUUGCCGAAUCUGACUGCGAGGCUCCUGGCAGAAGAAACAAGGAAUAAUGUGUAA